CGGACUAGGAGCAAGGAAGGCCAGAUGGACCAAGAGGCCCCACCCUCUCCAUCCUCCCUUAGCCAGGGGUCAGGGCCUGGCCAGGAUGCUCCUGCCCAGCACAUCUCUCUGGCCUCUGGGGUCAUUUCGGAAGGAGCUUGCGAGCUGGGCCGGUGGGGCCUUGUGGCCUGUACCCUGUGAGUGACUGGGGCCAGGGGAGCUUCAAACGGUUCUUGAAGAUGGUGCCAUUAUCAUCCUCCCCAUCCCCAUGAUGCAGAUAAAAAAUAACUGAAGAAGACAGAGAGAGUGACUUGCCCAGGAUCACAAAAGUAGUAGAAGAAGCAGAAUCUGAACUCUGGCUUUCCUGACUCCAACAGCCCCUUCUAUCCACUAUGCCAUUUCCCCAUCCCAAGUGUUGGAGGUGAGAUGAGAAGCUUGCUUCCUUGACUCCAGAGCCAGGACUUUCCCCACUUCAUCCCACUGGUGCCACCUUCGUUGGGCUUCUGCAAGGUUUUUAAAUAAUAUUCCUGGAAGGCAAGAAGGACAAGAUGAUCCUGGAAAUGCUCAAUCCAAUGCAUUACAACCUCACUGGCAUGGUACCUGAGGCAAUGCCAGCUGCUACUAUGCCUAUCCUCCUCCUCACCUGCUUUCUUCUCUUGGUUUGGAGUUAUGAAGAUACUUCCUUAAUACCAGGUCCUGGUUACUGUAUGGGAAUUGGUCCCCUCCUUUCACAUGGCAGAUUUCUAUGGAUGGGAAUAGGCAGUGCCUGUAACUAUUACAACAAGAUGUAUGGUGAAUUUAUGAGAGUAUGGAUCUGUGGAGAGGAGACUCUCAUUAUAAGCAAGUCUUCAAGUAUGUUUCACAUAAUGAAACAUAGUCACUAUAUUUCUAGGUUCGGAAGCAAACUUGGGUUACAGUGUAUUGGAAUGCAUGAAAAUGGUGUCAUAUUUAAUAAUAAUCCAGCUCUCUGGAAAGCUAUUCGACCUUUCUUUACAAAAGCUUUGUCUGGGCCGGGUCUUGUGCGCAUGGUGGCUGUUUGUGUUAACUCAACUGUAAUUCAUCUGGACAAACUAGAAGAUGUCACCAAUGAACUGGGUUAUGUCAAUGUGCUGAACCUCAUGAGACGCAUUAUGUUGGAUACCUCCAAUGUCCUCUUCUUGGGUAUUCCUCUGGAUGAAAAUGCCAUUGUGGUCAAAAUACAGAGCUAUUUUGAUGCUUGGCAAGCUCUCCUUCUCAAACCAGACAUCUUCUUUAAGAUAUCUUGGCUAUACAAAAAGUAUGAAAAGUCUGUCAAGGAUUUGAAGGAUGCCCUAGAAAUCUUAAUAGAGGAAAAAAGACAUAGGCUUUCUACAGAUGAUAAACUGGAAGACUGUAUGGAUUUUGCUUCACAAUUGAUUUUUGCCCAGGGUCGUGGAGACUUGACAGGUGAGAAUGUGAACCAAUGCAUCCUGGAAAUGCUGAUUGCUGCUCCAGACACCCUAUCUGUCACUGUGUACUUCAUGUUACUGCUGAUUGCAAAGCACCCAAAGGUCGAAGAAGCAGUAAUGAAGGAAAUCCAAACUGUUAUUGGUGAGAGAGAUAUUAAGAUCGGUGAUGUGCAAAAAUUGAAAGUAGUAGAAAGUUUUAUUUAUGAGAGCAUGAGAUACCAACCUGUUGUGGACUUGGUCAUGCGCAAGGCUUUGCAAGAUGAUGUGAUUGAUGGCUAUCCAGUGAAAAGAGGAACUAAUAUUAUCUUGAAUAUUGGAAGGAUGCAUAGACUCGAGUUUUUCCCAAAGCCAAAUGAAUUUACUCUUGAAAACUUUGCAAAGAAUGUACCUCAUCGUUAUUUUCAACCAUUUGGUUUUGGCCCUCGUGGCUGUGCAGGAAAAUACAUUGCCAUGGUAAUGAUGAAAGUCAUCCUUGUUACAGUGUUGAGGAGGUUCCAUGUACAGACAUUGACAGGAUGCUGUCUUGAACGCAUUCAGAAAAAAAAUGACUUGUCUUUGCAUCCAGAUGAGACCAGGGACUUUCUGGAAAUGAUUUUUAUUCCAAGAAACACAGAAAAAUGCCAAGAACAAUAAAGAUGAUUAUUCAGCAUCUUCUCAAGAAUAGUCUUCAUCCAUAGUCCAUCUGACAAACAUCCACCCUUCCCAGGUAGUAUCAUUAUUAUGAUGAAUAUUUAGCUGCCUAUAAUGUUUUUCAGGCUCAAGACUUACAGGUCAUCAGAAAACUGGAAUUUUGUCAUCUUCAAACCAGGAUAACAGACUGCAAGAAAAAAGCCUUUUUUCGUUUGGGGUGAAAAUGUUAACAGAGAAAGCGUAGCCUUUUUUAAGGACCUGAUUCCUCAUGUGUACUUUGGGAAAGAUAGGCCCCCAGCAAAUCUCAUUUCUGAAUUGCAACAGGAUCGCUGGUGCCCUAUAUUUUAAGAACAUUUGAAUGGCUAUUUCAGAUAUUAUUUAAGGCUAAUUGGACCCAAGCAGAAUGAGUUGGAGAAGUCAAGCAGCUAUCUAGAUGAUUUGAGCAAAAGAAAUCUAUUGUGGAUUUAAAAAAAAAAAAAAGAUUUGGGGCAUGAGUCAUCCAGCUUUUCCUACACAGAUUAAAUUUAAUAGGCAAAUGUUUAGAAGUGCACCAUUUGACUUUGUAUGUAUACAACCAUAAACUGUACACAGCUAACUCUUGAUUACCCAUUGUAGAAACUGAUCAACUAUUGGGGGGGGGGAUCACAUGUUACAUUCCAAAGUUCAGUAUGAUGACUUUUUAAGUGAUCUAAAUCUUAUAUUGUAUAACACUAGUAUGGAUAAUGGAGAGUUGACUAUGAAAUAUUAAAAAAUUGUAACCAUA